GCAAUCCGGUUGUACGUUCCGCAGCGAUACAUGGUCCUUACGAGCGUGUGCGGCCUGACUGGCCUUUCGCUUGGUUUGUUACGUGGAGGGCGACAAGAAGGGAUGCGGUUCCUUGCGGAGAACGCGCAUCGUGCGCCGACGACGAUGCGGGGGUGGUAUUUAUACAAGAAAACGAAGAAUUAUCGAAUGAUGUGGGGUGGCCUGAGAGAGGGCGGGCGAGAAGCUGUGAAGCUUGGGGUUGUUGGACUGGCGUUCGCAGCUGCUGAG